AGAAUGCCUGCUGAUGUGUUUCUCGAAGCCGAUGCUAGAUUUUGACCCACCGAAUGGAGUGUGAGUCAUGUUUUGAUUUUGCUUGUGACCAGGGCAGAUUUGCUAUAACAAGGACUUUCCUGAUUCGUGUCCUAUCUUCCCCAUUUAAGGUUCCUCCAGGCAAGCUGAAUGAUCAUGUCAGACUUCUCGGCCCAAAGCCUGGGCGUCAAUCGUAAUAUCGCCGAAGCUGAAGCCAUCCAUAUCAAGCGCCAGAUUCUGGCUCUACAAGAACUAUAUCCAAGCCGAGGCUACAUCGUCAAAGACGUGGCAGAAUCGACCACCAUCCUGUCGUCUCCAACCUUUGGACGAAAGCUCAAUCACACCUACGGAUUUGCUUUGUCUGGACCAGUCACGAACGACGACCUACAUAUCAUUGAGGAUGCGUACAAACUGAAUGGAGUCCAACCAGAGCUCGACAUGUGCGAGUUCGCCGACAGUACAGCAUUCGGUCUACUGUCAACGCACUACAAGAUUACCGGUUCCCUGUGCGAGUACCAACGAUUUCUUGCCGACUUCCAGUGUUCAGAUAUCCUGGGCCGUGCUAUUGAUGUCUCUAUAGUUGGCCCAAACAACUACGGCACAUUCCUUGAAGCGUCUAUCGAAGGAUUCCGCGAUGGCGGACGCUCAGCAGAACUUUUGAAAGUCCUCGCGGAGAGUGCUACAGCGCGCUCAGACACAAUCCUGUUCUCAGCUUCGAUCAACGGCGAGGUUGUUGGCACUGCGGGCAUGGCAAUGAUUGAUACGAAGGAGAGAAGAAUUGCUAUCCUCUAUAUCGAUAGUUGUCUGCCAAGCGCCAGAGGGAAAGGCGUUCACAAGGCAUUACUCCUGGAGAGACUUCGCGUAGCAAAAGACCGAGGAUGUGACCUCGUAGCUGCGACCGCGAGAGAAGGCUCGAUCAGUGCAAGAAACAUUGAGAAGAUUGGUCUCAAACCAGCAUACGGGUGUAAAAUCUACACGAAAGAUCAAUAGUGACGGAGACCUCUGGCCAUCAUCGAGAUGGCUUACCAGAUAUCCCCGCCGGAGUCCGAACUUGUGAGCAUAAAUAGAGCGUGUGAGCGUCGUGAUGAGAAAAUAGAAAGUGUCAAAACAUCUCGAAACACUGAGGAGAUAAGUCGCUCGCCACCACAAAGCGUAUACAGAUUCAGGUGCAC